AUGUCCUUCCAGCCGCCCUGCGCCGUGUCCUGCCCCCAGCCCUGCGCGGACGCCUGGAGCCAGCCCUGUGUCACCUCCUGCGGGGACUCGCGGGCUGUCAUCCACCCCCCGCCCGUGGUCAUCACCUUCCCGGGGCCCACCCUGAGCUCCUGCCCGCAGGAGAGCAUCGUGGGCUCGGCAUUCCCGGCGGGAAUGGGAAAUUCCUUCGGCUCCGGAGGUGUCCGGAGCUCCUGCGAGCCCGGAGCCUCUUCUGGUGGCUGGAAUUUCUCCUCCUCCUCCUCCUGCUAUUCCCGAAAUUCCUACCCCUGCUAUUCCCGAAAUCCCUUCCCCUCCUACCCCCGCCCUCCCAAGCCCAGCAAAGGAUCCCCGGAUGACCAAAACCAGCAGAAAAAGCAAUAA